CUGUAAAAACUCAGUAGUCCACGGAACUUACCCGUUGUAUAGAAUUUCUCACCUGAAAACACACACACACUCUCUCUCUCUCUCCAAAACCUCAAAUGCAAACUCAAGAAGACAUUCAAAAUCUUCCGAUUGACAUCGCAUUCUCCCGUCUAGGAGAAUGGCUGGUGGAUCGGAAGAGAAUUCCUGCAGAUUGGAGAAAACGAUUAACUGCAAUCAAACCUAAAAUUUCAUCGGCCUUUUCAUCGCUUCCACAGGAUGUUGAUCCUUACUUCCUUACUCUCGAUUCUGAAGGAAUUGAUUACUUGGAAGCAAAAAAAAUAUAUGAACUUCUUUUGCGGGCCACUCCAGAAAGCCGGAACAUAUUUGGUAGGCUUUCAGGUGCUGCUGGGGUAUGGGAAGCUAUCGUGCAGGCAUUUGAGAAGGACCAUAUAUUCCUUGGGGAGGCUGCUCAAACAAUGGCCCAGAAUGUGAAUUAUGAGAUCCCUUACCUAAAAAAGCAGGUCCAGAAGACACAGCAACAGCUUGCGGAGCUUGAUCGAAAGGAAGCUGACAUUAAAAGAAGUGCAGCUUUAUCAGCAGCGAAGUAUGCAGAAGCUUGUCAAGAACUAGGAUUACAGGGGAAUAAUGUCAGGUUGGAACUCUUAGAGAGUGCUACAGAUUCUCUUCCAAGUACAUUCCGUAGUAUUAUGGAAGUCGUAAAGGGUGAAUCUGUUGCACAAGCUAUUGAGUACUACUCCAGUUUUGUUACGGAUCUUCAUACUGAUAAGGAUCGUGCAUCUGUUACUGUGGUGCCAAAUCUAAGAAAUAUUAUUGACAACCCUCCUCCACUUAGUGUCUCUGUGGGAUCUGAUUUUGUUGACACCACAAAUGCAGUGUCCAACCUUGAUGAACAUAUUGAUACAUGUGGAACCAUGAAUAGUGGGGCAGAUGGCAUCGAUUGGGAUAUUACCUUGGAAAGUUCUCAGAUUGACUGGGAUAUCGGUACUAUUGAAGAGACUGAUGAUGCUGCUAAUGGACUUGGUCCUUAUGAGAUUAUAAAUGCUAAUGAUGUUCUACAAGAUUCUUUAGCAAACGAGAAUGAGAAGUCCGACCAGGCUGCAUUAUGUGGUGGAGAGUCCAUUGAAGUUGAGGUUUCAGAACUAUCUUGGGAUGUUAGUGUUGAGAAUCCUCAACUGGAAAUGAAAGAAGAUUCUGGUACACAUAUUGCGAAAGAAGCUCCAACAUCUGCUCCAAAUGCUUCAGCUGAUGCUCAUGUUUCAGGAGAUAGAAGUCCGCUUUUGGAGACGGAGUACAGGAACAAAAUUCUUGAUGAUCUCUUUGAGAUUAAGGCAUUUUUAAAUCAGCGACUGAUGGAGCUGAGAAAUGAAGAGACUUUGUCCUUGCAACAUCAAGUUCAAGCAGUUGGUCCAUUUGUGCUGCAGCAGUACUCUUCUGAUAACAUCCAGAAAAUGCUCUCUGACAUUUCUUCGGCCAUAUCCUUGCUAACAAACAAAAAAGCAAGAGACUUGAUCAUGAUUUUGAAUUCAAGAAGGUUCUUAGAUAGACUGGUUAGAACCUUGGAGGAAAAGAAGCAUCAUGAAGUAAAGUUGAAAGAUGGAUUGAAGGACUUGUCUGCAAAACGUAUGGAGCUGCAGAAUUCGCUGUCUUCGUCUUGGCCAAAGCAAGAAGUAGCAGUCAGUAAAACAAGGGAGCUUAAGAAACUAUGUGAAAUCACUCUUUCAUCCAUGUUCAAUGGAAGACCCGUCAACAUUAUUGGAGAAAUCAAUACCCUGUAACUUGUCAAGUAGUGGCGCAGCAGUAUGAUCUUUGUAGCUUUUCCACCAGUGUUAGGAUUAGGAUGUAAUAGGAACUAGGCUGGUACCGACUGAGGUUGGAUAUAGAAACUUCUUGAUUUUUUAUUACUCACUUUUGUAAUAUACACUUAAUGUAAUGAGCUUCAAGUUUUGAUCAAUUUCUGAAAUUUCCAUAUGGAUUAA